AUGGUGACACUGUGGUCCCUCACCUCCCUGGGGGGCCCUCACACCUCCCUGGGGGGCCCUCACACCUCCCUGGGGGGCCCUCAGACCUCUGUGUGUGAGAUGGUCCUGUCCCUGGUUGAGCAGCUCUGUGUUCAGCUGCUGAGUGUUCAGGAGGCUGCAGUCCACACGGAGCCCUGCAAGACACACUUAGUGUCUCACCUCCCUGCAGCACCUCCUCCUCCUGCAGUAGUGUCUCACCUCCCUGCACCCCCUCCUCCUCCUCCUGCAGUAGUGUCUCACCUCCCUGCUGCACCUCCUCCUCCUGCAGUAGUUAGUGUCUCACCUUCCUGCAGCACCUCCUCCUCCUCCUGCUACAGUAGUGUCUCACCUCCCUGCAGCACCUCCUCCUCCUGCUACAGUAGUGUCUCACCUCCCUGCAGCACCUCCUCCUGCUACAGUACUGUCUCACCUCCCUGCACCCCCUCCUCCUGCAGUAGUGUCUCACCUCCCUGCACCACCUCCUCCUCCUCCUGCUACAGUAGUGUCUCACCUCCCUGCACCCCCUCCUCCUCCUCCUGCUACAGUAGUGUCUCACCUCCCUGCACCCCCUCCUCCUCCUCCUGCAGUACUGUCUCACCUCCCUGCACCCCCUCCUCCUCCUCCUGCAGUAGUGUCUCACCUCCCUGCUGCACCUCCUCCUCCUGCAGUACUGUCUCACCUCCCUGCAGCACCUCCUCCUCCUCCUACAGUAGUGUCUCACCUCCCUGCUGCACCUCCUCCUCCUGCAGUAGUGUCUCACCUCCCUGCUGCACCUCCUCCUCCUGCAGUAGUGUCUCACCUCCUCCUCCUUCAGUACUGUCUCACCUCUCUGCUGCACCUCCUCCUCCUGCAGUACUGUCUCACCUCCCUGCUGCACCUCCUCCUCCUGCAGUAGUGUCUCACCUCCCUGCAGCACCUCCUCCUCCUCCUGCUACAGUAGUGUCUCACCUCCCUGCAGCACCUCCUCCUCCUGCUACAGUAGUGUCUCACCUCCCUGCUGCACCUCCUCCUCCUGCAGUACUGUCUCACCUCCCUGCACCCCCUCCUCCUCCUCCUGCAGUAGUGUCUCACCUCCCUGCACCCCCUCCUCCUCCUCCUGCUACAGUAGUGUCUCACCUCCCUGCAGCACCUCCUCCUCCUGCUACAGUACUGUCUCACCUCCCUGCACCCCCUCCUCCUCCUCCUGCAGUAGUGUCUCACCUCCCUGCACCCCCUCCUCCUCCUCCUGCUACAGUAGUGUCUCACCUCCCUGCACCCCCUCCUCCUCCUCCUGCAGUACUGUCUCACCUCCCUGCACCCCCUCCUCCUCCUCCUGCAGUACUGUCUCACCUCCCUGCACCCCCUCCUCCUCCUCCUGCAGUAGUGUCUCACCUCCCUGCACCCCCUCCUCCUCCUCCUGCAGUACUGUCUCACCUCCCUGCAGCACCUCCUCCUCCUGCAGUAGUGUCUCACCUCCCUGCACCCCCUCCUCCUCCUCCUGCAGUAGUGUCUCACCUCCCUGCUGCACCUCCUCCUCCUGCAGUAGUGUCUCACCUCCCUGCACCCCCUCCUCCUUCUCCUGCUACAGUAGUGUCUCACCUCCCUGCAGCACCUCCUCCUUCUCCUGCUACAGUACUGUCUCACCUCCCUGCAGCACCUCCUCCUCCUCCUGCUACAGUAGUGUCUCACCUCCCUGCACCCCCUCCUCCUCCUCCUGCAGUAGUGUCUCACCUCCCUGCACCCCCUCCUCCUCCUCCUGCUACAGUAGUGUCUCACCUCCCUGCACCCCCUCCUCCUCCUCCUGCAGUACUGUCUCACCUCCCUGCACCCCCUCCUCCUCCUCCUGCAGUACUGUCUCACCUCCCUGCACCCCCUCCUCCUCCUCCUGCAGUACUGUCUCACCUCCCUGCACCCCCUCCUCCUCCUCCUGCAGUACUGUCUCACCUCCCUGCAGCACCUCCUCCUCCUCCUGCAGUAGUGUCUCACCUCCCUGCAGCACCUCCUCCUCCUGCAGUACUGUCUCACCUCCCUGCAGCACCUCCUCCUCCUCCUGCAGUAGUGUCUCACCUCCCUGCACCCCCUCCUCCUCCUGCUACAGUAGUGUCUCACCUCCCUGCACCCCCUCCUCCUCCUCCUGCAGUACUGUCUCACCUCCCUGCACCCCUCCUCCUCCUCCUGCAGUACUGUCUCACCUCCCUGCACCCCCUCCUCCUCCUCCUGCAGUACUGUCUCACCUCCCUGCAGCACCUCCUCCUCCUCCUGCUACAGUAG